UAUGGUUACUGGAGGCCUAUGUUACUGGAGGCCUAUGUUACUGGAGGCCUAUGUUACUGGGGGCCUAUGUUACUGGGGGCCUAUGUUACUGGAGGCCUACGUUACUGGAGGGCAUAGACUUUUUCCUUAAACUUUUCUACCAAACUGUGAAUCAAAUAGUUAUGAUCAGGUAAAUUUAACAUAUAACCUGAUACAAUGUUAUUGUUGAUACCCCUUUGGCUACUGGACUACUGAAAUAAUGAGGAAACACUUUUCUGGCAUUCCCUUUUUCAGAUUUCGGCAGUUAAAUGGAGCUCCCCACAAACUCCGCCUCCCCCAGCUUUGGUUGUGGUUAGCUACAGUACUGUAUAUAUCCUAGAAUGGCAGAGAAAUCACAGGGCCGUAUUUUACAGCUGAACUACACCAUCUGUCCGUGAAAAAAGCGUUCUUCUCCUCAUGUGAAAGCAAUUUCCCUUCUACCUCCCAAGUCCUUGUUUGAAAGCUUGGAGGUAGACUGACUCGUUGGAAGGUGUGUUUCCAGGGUUUAGGCAAUACCGCACAAAGCUUUCCAACAUAAAAUGUCACUGCUCCAUAAAUCAUUAGCAGAGAGGGAAAGAACAGGAGGGGGAUGCAGAUGGGAUAGUGAUACUCUAGAUAGGUUUUAAAAUGGAUGAAAAGAGCUCUGAGAAAUAUCAGCAACUUAUGGACAAGUUUAGAUAUAUUCCCUCUAAUGCCCCAAAAUAUGUUUACAAAAGUCAUAGUAAACUUUUAGGACAAAGCCAUCCAAUAAGAAAAGUUAAUAGCACAUGGCGGUGGUUCACUGAAUUUAAUGCUAAACCUGACAAGCAAAUAUUCCAACAGCACCAUUGUAGGUUGUGUAUUCUGGGUGCAGAGACAGAGCUAGACCAGAUGUUAGAGUUAACUUUGAAAAGUUUGCAAACUCAUUUUAAGGGCUUUUAAGUCUUGACAUUAGCUUUUCUUAAACUUCGUAUUAGCAUUCAUGAAAGAGAGCAGGGAUGUAUGAGUGUUGGUAAUUUUUUUGUUAUUUUUUAUUCACCUUUAUUUAACUAGGUAAGCUAGUUGAGAACAAGUUCUAAUUUACAACUGUGACCUGGGCAAGAUAAAGCAAAGCAACACAAACAACACCACAGAGUUACACAUGGAAUAAACAAACGUGCAGUCAAUAACACAAUAGAAAAAUAAAGUCUAUAUACAAUGUGAGCAAAUGGCGUAAAGAGGUAAGGCAAUUAAUAGGCCAUAAUAGCAAAGUAAUUACAAUUUAGCAGAUUAACACUGGAGUGAUAGAUGUGCAGAUGAUGAUGUGCAAGUAGAAAUACUGGUGUGCAAAAGAGCAGAAAAGUAUAAUAAAAACAAUAUGGGGAUGAGGUAGGUAGAUUGGAUGGGCUAUUUACAGAUGGGCUAUGUACAGCUGCAGCGAUCGGUUAGCGGCUCAGAUAGCUGGUGUUUAAAGUUAGUGAGGGAAAUAUAAGUCUCAUAAGCAGGAUAUCAAAGGGAAGGGCAGCUCCUAAUGACAGGCUUGGGCACAUCUGGGCACAGCAAUUAACACAGGCAAUCCAGCUAAUUAGCAACCAGGACAAUGUCAGAGCAAGGCAUGGCAUCAAGAGCCAAGAUGGGUGAAACAUGUGGUAUCACCGUGAAGACAUCAAGAGCCAAGAUGGGUGAAACAUGUGGUAUCACCGUGAAGACAUCAAGAGCCAAGAUGGGUGAAACAUGUGGUAUCACCGUGAAGACAUCAAGAGCCAAGAUGGGUGAAACAUGUGGUAUCACCAUGAAGAAGCAGAUUGACACUGUCUGCGUCUGUAGAACCAGGGUGGUGCAAGAGGUGAAGUUCACAGGCCUCCUGUAUAUGGUGUUAAAUAAGCAGGCAGUAUUACGCUAUGCAUCUUGUUUUAUUGGUUUCCUAUAUGCUUUUAAGUAUAGCUGCAAUGGUGAUCACAGAUCUGCCCCUGCUGGUUGAACUAUUGCAGGAAAACAAUGAUCAUGUAGAGAUGUUUGGUGUAUCCCCGACGUACAGCCACCAGACCCUCCAGACCCUUCUUCCCAUGCUAAGACCCCAGUGUCACUCAUUGUAAUGGCAACAUACCUCUGGAAUUUCAGCCAAGAGAGAGAAAGAGAGCGAGAAUGGGAGUAAGAGAGAGAGAGGGGGGGACCUGACAUAUGGGCCUCAGAUCACAGAGACUGCUAUUAGGAGAGUGAAAAAGAGAGAGAAAGAGAGAGAGAGCGAGAGGUCUACGUACUAGAGGGGAGAGAGAAAGCGAGAGAGAGAGAGAGAGAGAGAGAGAGAGAGAGAGAGACAACGUGAGCUGUACCCAGUCAGAGACAUGAAUCCCCUCAGCUGGAUCGUUGUACUUCUCUUCCUGUUCUACGCUUCCUCUGGGAGUGCCGACGUCAACAGGCACCGCAGACAAGUCCCCACCGGUGGCCAACCAGGUGUGUGUGGCUAUGGCAGGAGACUGGCGUGUUGCUAUGGCUGGAGAAAGAGCAGCAAGGGACAGUGUGAAGCUCAGUGUGAACAUGGUUGCAAGCACGGAGAGUGUGCUGGCCCCAACAAAUGCAAGUGUUACCCAGGAUACACCGGAAAGAUGUGCAACCAAGACCUGAAUGAGUGUGGCCUGAAGCCCCGCCCCUGUGAGCAUCGCUGUAUGAACACCCACGGCAGCUACAUCUGUUACUGCCUCAACGGAUACACUCUGAUGCCUGAUGGCUCCUGUACCAACUCCAGGACGUGCUCCCUGGCACACUGUCAAUAUGGCUGUGAGGAGGUACAGGGGGAGAUCCGCUGUCUCUGCCCGUCUGUGCGGCUGCAGCUAGGGCCAGACCAGAGGACCUGUGUGGAUAUUGAUGAAUGUGUAACAGGAAAGAACCUGUGCCCAUACAACAGGCAGUGUGUCAAUACGUUUGGCAGCUACUACUGCAAGUGUCAGAAUGGCUAUGACCUGAAGUAUAUCAAUGGCAAAUAUGACUGUGUAGAUAAUGACGAGUGUGCUGCCAACACAAACAAGUGCAGCCACCGCGCGGUCUGUCUGAACACUCAGGGAUCCUACAAGUGCAAGUGCAAGCAAGGCUUCCGUGGCAGUGGUUUUGAAUGCUCUGAGUCCCCAGUGAGGCUGCCAGGGAAGCUGGACAAAGAGCAGAUCAAGAACGUCAUCCCCGAGCCCAAGGUGACCGUACCCCCUCAGAUCCGCUUGCAGCCCUUCGACUAUGACGGGGAGACCUAUAUGGGUGGCUCAGAGGAGGUGGGCCAGGUGGGCUUUACUGAUGUAGGGGAGGAGGAAGAAGAGGAAGAUGAGGAGGAGACAGAUGUGGACAACAAGCUUAAUUCAAGAGGAGAUGUUUUCAUUCCAGAGGACUUUGAGUCAGUAUUUGGUCCUGCAACGGAUGUCAAAGAGAUCGAAAUAGCUCCAGGACAGGAAGAGUUCUUCAUGGACUGCAACUUCGAUCAGGGCGUGUGUGAGUGGGUGCAAGACAAGGACGAUAGCUUUGACUGGAGCGUGUCCUACCAUGAAAAUGGUAUGGAGUACUACAUGGCUAUGAGUGGUCUUCUGGGAGAGAAGAAGGACCAGGCCAGGCUAAAGCUGCUCCUCAGUGACCGGGCCCAGCAGGGAGGCUUCUGCCUCACCUUCAACUACCGCGUGAUGGGCAGCCAGGUGGGCACGCUGCGGGUGCUGUUGAACAACAGCACCAAACUUGUGUGGGAGCGGAGCCACAGCCGGAGUCAGGAUUGGCAGACAGAACUGCUCACUGUAGCCUGGAAGAACCAGGCCCCAGAAUCUAUCAUCUUUGAAGCUGAACGUGGGAAUGGAGUUGGGGGAGAGAUUGGGCUGGACAACGUGGUGCUGACCUCAGGCUACUGUCAAGAGGAAGACACAGCCAUCUUUUAAACUGUGAACUCUGAACCUGUAGAAAUCAGUCCAGUGUGUUUGACACAGACCUCAGAGGCAGAGCUAGCAUCAGUCUCUCCCUUUAGUCUACUCUUUUUGGAGAGCAGACACACAUCUUCCUAAAACCCAAAUUAAGGGUGUAUUUUUUUUUGCUGUACUGUACAACAAGUAUUAAGAAAAAUGUGUAUUUGCAGAAUGUUUGGCAGUUCAGCCGACCACAUAGGAAAGCGUUGCUGAGGGACUGAGCAUCAUUGGUAUGUGCAGGGAUUUCAUCUGCAAGUUUACAAGCUUUUCCUUUCAUUUGAGCCACCAAUUUGUCCACAAAUAAAUGAUCCACUACAUACAGUUCCGUUUUUCAAUAAUGUUCACAAAUGUUUUGAAAUAUAUUCAAUUAUUUUCACAUAAAUGGCAGGAUACGGCAGGCUUAUCUACAACAACAAAAAACAUUAUAUUGUGUUGCUUUUCAUUUUUCUAAGUGACAUUUUGCAGUUAGUUGCAAUAUAUAAAAAAUAAGAUAGACUAAGACUUGUAACAUGUACUUACAUGAACCCUAAAUAGUAAUAUCAGAUUCAUCAAGAAGUCUUCCCUUGAACCCUACAUGCUUUAUAAUCAUAGUACGUGUAUGUAACAAUGCAUAACUGCUGUAAAUUGAGCUUUUAUAUUGUAUUACAUUAAAAAAAAAACGUUUUUAUAAGG